AACGUAAAGAAAAAGUUUCAAAACUUUUCAUGCUGUAAAAUAACAAAUUAAUCGUUUUGUCUGCUCUGGCAGAUCAACGCGAAAUUCGCUGAGACGUCUGACUAUCGUAAGGUUGUACUACUUAAAGCGCGCGGUCUCGCUGUAGUUGCUUUAAUUUUCGCGUCAAUGUAAAUGCUUCUAAUAAAAAACUCAGUAAUCUUUUUACUAAAUUAUUUCAAUAGAAGGGAAACAAAGGGAAAAGUUACUGUAAUUAUAUAUAACUAUAAUUAUGUUAUAAUUGAGUCGCGCUGGUAGUAGCCAGCCGAUGGAGCCGGUCGGAACAACAAAAGCGAGGAACACGAUAUAAGAUACCGCGAGUUGUAUCUAAUCUCUACCGUGCUGAAGAAGCGUCCGGCAGAGUGCAAUGAGAGUAAAUACACAUUGUAAGCAGAAGGGGGAACUUUCGGUGUAUCGAUGGUCGGCUAUUAAUACAGUCCGGUUGUUAGUUCUAUUCGCAGCAUUGGUCUGUUCAAUAAUAAACACGGUGUUUUCCAUCUGUUAUUGGUGUACAAUUCGAGCAAUCUCAACAACGUAUUAAUUGCCGUUGUAUUAAUCAAAAGCAGUCCAUCCAGUGUCUCUUAGAACUGACUGAAAUUCGACAACGAGAGAAAAUGAAGUCUAUCGUGUACUUUUUCUUGUUUAACCUACUGGUCGCCGUCGCCUACAGAAACGAGCAGUGUCAACGAGGGACAGACGAGCAACUUAUCUGGGACUACGACGUCAGAAGAUCGUACAGAAUCGGUACAUAUCAAGAAGUAGAAGCAGAGUAUGGACCGGCCAAUGUGACGAUCACUUGCAUAGGAGUAGAUUCCCUAUCUAAGGAGAACAACGGAGCCAUGUGGGUGACAUCUGGUGGGAUAGGAUAUAAUUUCAUUAAGAUUAAGUUCAGGUCGAAAUACUCCCGUGGAUUUCAUUAUCGAGUCUACGUUUAUGGGAAACCGUACAGAACAAACUUUAACGUGUUAUAAUCCUGUGUGAACAAGAAUUCCUUAUGGCAUUUACGAAUGUAUUUUGAUACAAUUUUUCUCAUCAAAUAUAUGUAGGAAUCCCGACUUGAGAUCCCAAUUUGUAGGAAUUUUGGUAAAAGAAUGGUUGUUUAUUUUAGGUUAAAUAAAGAAAAUUUGUUUAAUGAUGAUUAUAAA